CUUAAUUUCGAUCGUUUUCAAAAAAUUUAAAAUGGCGUAAAUUGUUUUUAGGACUGUUAUUUAAAAUGUUUAAGAGAUAAUUUAUAUUUUAUACAUAGCUUUAAAAUGUCAACGAAGUAUUUAUCGAUAUCAACACUUUAUACAGAAGCUCAAGUUAACAUAGAGCAGUUUAAUAGAAUUCUUGAAGAAAAACUAAAUUGGUUUAAAGAAGUUCAAGAAACAGCAGUUAAACUAUUUGGAAGUAAAACAUGUACUCUCCUUCCCAAAACACCCAGCAUGAAAAGGAAAAGACCCUUACAGAAGGAAAAGACUCAUUCAGAACAAGCAGAUAAUUUGACUAAUAGUAAACAAUCAACUUUUAUUGAUGACUCACAAAUUCACAAGAAAAUUAAAAUUGAUCUUUCUGAUAUAAAUGAAAAAAGCACACUCGAAGAAAGCAUGAAUAAAAGUUCAACAGGUUAUUCUUUUCGACUGAGAAACAGAACAAAAAAAAGUUCUAUUAUAAAAAAAAAAAGUAAUCGGACUGUCAAAAAAACUUCAAGUUACUUUGAAAGUCCAUGGAAUAAUAAAAACAGUUCACCAGCAACUAUAAUCCAGCCAAUAAAUAGUAAAUCAAUAAAGUUAACUCACUCGCCUCAAAAUCCUAUCACUCAACCAAAUCUAGUUUUAACAGACAAAAUAAACUCUUCAUUUACAAAAGUUACUGAAGGAGUUGAUAUUUCUAAAAUUAACGAAAAAGACUUUUUAAAGCAAAAACUUUUUGUAGAAAAUUCAGACAAAGUUGAUGAAAGCUCAAAGGAUGUCAAAAAUAUACAAGAAGUGCAAGUUUUGUCAAAAGAAUUAUCAAAACACCUUUCAUCAUCGAAACCACCUUCGCCAUCAAAACAACUCUCACCAUCAAAACAAUUGCCAUCAAAACAGCUUUUAUCUUCAAAAGUGUUUUCACCAUCAAAACAAUCUUCACCGUCACUAAACAGUACAAAUUUUUCAAUUGUUGUGGAGAAAUUAACACCAAAUCCAGCUAAUAAACAAUUAAACUUACCAAAGCACAGUGAUCCGAUUAAAGAAAGUACUCCUAUUGAGAAGACUAAUGAAUCUUCAACAUUUAUAAAAAACAAACUUUUUGUUAGUAUCAAUCAACUUGAUGCUAAAUUUGAUAGUUUGGGUCAUCUGGCCUUAUCACCACCAAUAACUGUGAAUGGUAAAAAUCAUUUUCAACCUGAUCAAAGUAUAUCCCCAUCAAUAUCACCAAUGGACUGUGUAUUUGCAAAAGAUAAACAUUUAUCAACAUGCAAUACAACUGAUGUGUUAUCUUCUCCUUUAUUGGAUAAUGGCCAAAAAACUUAUCUAGUGAAAUCAUCAUCUCCCAUAAUGUCUUCAACCAUAUCAACUAAGUUUGAAGAAAAUCAAAAUCAAGCAUUGUCUUCACUACCAGACCAAACUGAUAGUGGAUAUUGCAAUACUCAGUUAUCUAAUAACACACAACAUACAAAUGAAUACACUAUAUUAACUGAUAAAGAAAAAACUGUUAAAAUUGCUGAUGGACAUGAUGGACAUGAUCAUGACUCAGUUAAAUCCAAAAAUGGUUUAACUAAAUUUUUCUCAGAUGAUAAUGAAUGUAGACAGGAUAAUGGAAAGAUCGAAACAAAAGAAUUCAAGAAACCUAAUAAUAUAUUAUCUGAUGUUAAUUCAUUGAUAAAGCAAGAUGCACCUAAAGAGCCUAUAAGUCUUGUAAAGAUUGGAAAUAUUGUAAGUGCUGGAAUCAAAUCAUUUAUGAAGAAUCAAGACAGUCCCAAAAAAGAAACAAUCGAGGAAAAACUCCAAAAGAAACAAGCAGAGUUAAAAAAAAAAGAGGAACUUCGUCAAAAGGUUAUGGAAGAACAGUUUUUUAAAAAGCAAAAAGAAAAAGAGGAUAAAAAAAGACAACGUGAAGAAAGAGAAAAACGUUUUGCAGAACAGAUAGCUAGACGUCAAGAAGAAGAUGAAAGAAAAAAGGAGCAAAUGUUAUUAAAAUUAAAGCAAGCUACUCAAAAUCGAGAUGAGGUUCGAAAACAAAGAGAAUUAGAAGAAAUUAGAAAACGCAAACAAAGAGACAUAAAAAUGGCUGAAGCUGAAGCUCGUCGCCAAAGAGAAGAAGAAGAGUUAAAGAAAAAAGCUAUUGAAGUAAGAGAAGAAGAUAAAAGAAGGGAAGAGCUAUUAAAAACAAAACUCGAAUUAGAAGAGCAAGAACGUCAACGUCGUAAAAUGGAACAAGAAAAAUUGGAAAAGGAUCGUUUGCGGCAGAUCGAGGAGGAACGUGCGUUGGAUACAGAUCGUAAGAGACGAGAAUUUGCCGAACGUGAAAACCAUCGUUUAGAAGUUGAAAAAAAGAUGAAGGAAGAUCGGGAGAAAGAGAAGAUUGAAAAACUGCUAAGAGAAGAGAAAAAUAAGUUAGCUGAAAAAGACAUCGCAAUAGGGAAAAAAUAUGAACUCGAUCGCGAUAAACUAAAGGAAAAGCAACGGGAAGAUACCAAGUUAGACAUUCAAAAUGAAAAAACAAAGAUUAAAGGCAACCACAAUUCGGAUCAAAAUAGUAUAAAUAUUCAAAACCCUAUUACAAAAACUUUGCAAGUUUGUCUUAAUGACGUUAAGACAAUAAAACCAUCAAACACUCUUGUGCCUAAUAAAUCCACAACAACGUUUAAGGAGCCGCCAACGAAUUGGGUACCCCCUACUAUACCAUUAGUUGUUCAAGAUACAAGCUAUAUUUCUUAUGGAUUGGAUUUAGACAGCGAUGAUUCGACAGACGAUGAAUGUGAACCUUCGAAAGCUGUGCCUCUGUGGGCGCAAGGUAUAAACUUAAAACGGCAGUUAAUGCAGCAAUUCUAUACCGAUGUUGAUCCCGAACUAAUUUUUAUUAACGCUAUGCCAAUUCUCAAUCUAGAAAAAAUUUUCCAGAAAAGAAAGGAGCGUUAUUUUAAGCGAACGAGUUCAGCGCAUUGGACGUCUCCAAUAUUGAAAAAUAAGCUUGUUUAGAUAUUUAACAUUUUAAUUAAACGGAGAAGUAUGCGCAAAAUCUUUUUUGGCCUUAAUUUUUUUUUUUAUAAAACCACAGUCGAUGAUUGGUCAAACUUCGCCAGAAGAAAGUUGUUUUUUUGUUAUAAAAAAUAAAUGACUAACAAAAAUAAUAUCAAGGUAAUUAUAUUAACUUAAAAACCUCUUUUUUUCUGUUUGUAUAUCUCAAAAAAUAAGUUUGAAGAAUGUGAAAUCAAUUUGCUCGUAGAAGACAUGUUUUUCUUUCAGAUCGUCAUCGUGUAAAUAUUGUUAUUAUAAUGAAAAUAUGUGUAUGAUAUGAUUUUAGUUGAACAACGAUAAUGCUAAGAGAA